CCCUUCUUUCCAUUCCACCAUUCUCUCUCUUUCUCUUCCUAACUCAAAACAAUUACAACAAGAAAAACAGCCCCUUUUUUUUUUAGAAUCUUACAUUUUACAUACACAAAAAAAUAAAAAAUCACACACUUAUCUAAAAAUAUGUUGCGUACAUUGGCAACUUUGAGGCAGCAAGUAAUAACGAAAAGAAAGAGUCCAAAAGUUGCUGAUGAGACUAUGUUUAGCAACCUGAACUUAGAUGCGUCAGGGAUGCCUAUUUACGGACAUCAUGAGAUAAACCGAAGCCCGCGCCAUGCUUGGCACGGACUAUCGGUUAUCUCUACGAUCUUUCGGAUUCCGUUCUCGAUCCUUUCGUGUUUCUCUCAACACCAUGGAAAUGCUACUGAUGCCAUUUGGGUAACUGGUGAAAUGGUGAGAACUUCAGAGAUUGAUCAUCUUAUGAUAAGUGAUAGCAUGCGCUAUGCAAUUUUGAUGUAGAACGAACUACUCAUUAUUAAUCUUUGAUUUUAUUAGUCAUGAUCAAUAGUUAGAGUUGGUAAAAAUUGUUUUUUCUGCUUUUCUUUGGGUAUUAAGGAGGGUUUUGGGGCUUAUUCCAAUUAGAGGAAAUAUAUAUGUAUACUGUUACAUGUUAGAACUCCUAAUUGGUGUAUGUAGUUUGUACAUUUUAGCCAAUUACAUCUUGGAAAAUAAAGGUUUAUUUUUGUCAA